AUGGACCCGCUAUCGAUAUCCGUGAGCGUGCUCGCCGUCAUGGGCGCGGCUGGGUUCGUUGUGAAGACAGUCAAAGCCAUCGAUCACGCGCCACACGAGCUCACCGACAUCGCUGAUGCAGCGAAAGCCUUGGAGACAACCCUCGACGACGUCCAACACUGGCAGUUGGCCGGCCAUAAACUGAACGAGGGCCUCGUCUUCCACCUCCGGCGCAGCGAGCAGAAGCUGCUGGAGCUGGCGCGCUAUCUCAAGGACCACGGACUAACCAGCCCAAGCAAGCUACGGUCCCCGAUAUACUACGUUUUAUAUCAGGAGAAACUUCGGAAUUAUAAGAGGCAGCUCUCUGAAAUUCGCAAUGACCUUUCCUUAGCCCUAUCGGCCGUGACCCACGGCCAGACAGGACGGAUUGAAAUGGACCUGCAACAGCUUAUCAUUACCAGGCAGGCGACACGGGAGGCUCUGAGCGAGCAAACAUCGCAGCUUGACUAUCUGGCUCAGAGGUCAGAAGAAAUGGGGCUUGCGAGACGCAGGCUUUGUACACCACACUCAACACGAGACUGGCUGGGCGGCCUCUCGGUGACAUUCUCCGAGAUAGGCCCCCUGAGCUCAGGCUGCACCGUCCCCAGCUGCGCUCGCCGCCUGAGUCCCUCGGCGUCGGUCGAUGUUACGCUGCCCCCCUGGCUCGCGUCCAACAUCGUCUCGAUCUGGCUCAAAGGCGCGCCAGUCCAGGGGCCGGAGCUGCUGCUGCGCUCAAGGCGGAUCAUCGAGACGCCGGCGUACUACACGGCUGAGCAGGGCAAUCUCGUGGCGCUGAGGCAGCUUUAUGCGGAGGGCAGGGCGGGGAUCCAUGAUUCAAACCCAGUCUCGGGGCGGAACACCUUGUUCGAUGGCAUCUUCCGCGGGCACCUGGACAUCAUGCGCUUCCUCCUCGACAGCGGCGCCGACAUGGAGGCGGCCGACUUCUGCGGCUUCACACCCCGGGACCUCGCCUUCCAGCGCGUCAACACGGCCUGCCCUCCUGAGUUGGCAGAGCACCUCCGUACUCUCUUCACGCUAGACGAGGUACCAGACGACCUAGAGCUCACAACAGUCCACCGGAUAGUCCUAGGCAUGACCACCCUCGACCUAGGCGAAUACCUCUCCGAGCACCCACCCGAAGUCAACAAGCCUGACCUACUCGGCCGCACCCCGCUCUGGUGGGCGGUCAGGCGAGACGAUGCGCCCAAGUCCCAUGCCCUCCUCGCGCGCGGCGCAGACCCAAAUAUCGCCAACGCCGCUGGCCGGUCACCGCUGCACAACGCUGCUGCGCAAAGGAACCUGGGCUUAGUGGACGCGCUGCUGACACACUCCGCAGAUGUGCACCAGCGGUCAUUUGAGGGCAAGACGCCGUUGCAUGUCGUGGGCGUGUAUGGCAUCCGGGAGGAUGUGCUGAUUGUGCAGCGGCUACUUGAUUCUGGGGCCGAAUUGGCGCGCAGGACUCCUGAGCAAGUUGUCGACGCUAUGCUUGCGAUAGCCGAUAUGUCCAUGAUUGACCCAGACGCCAAGGACAGCCGGGGCAAGACUGCGUCGGAGAGUUUUGAGGAACGUUGGUCCUCGGAUGUCCCUGUUUAUCCACUCGAUGAGCCAACAUAUGAGAAGUUGGGACGGAUGAUCGACAAGGCUGCGAGGCCUCGUGAUACGCCCCGCUCACCACCUUGGUCAGCUGCCAGCACAGCGGACUCGUGGCAUACUGCAAGAUCGCCUUGCUACUCGAAUCAAUUCAAAGACUAG